UUACGAAGUACAAACAAGCUAACCGAUUUUGUAUUGUCUUUAUAAGUAUUCUUAAUUGUACGAGCACAAAUGGGUUGACAGUCAACAACAAUUAUCAAACUAAUGCGGAUCUUCCCAUUUUCAUUGGCACAGUACUCGCUGUAGGUAUGGCUCUCCCCCAGCUUUCAAGAUCCCUUACUGGACUCCUCGUAAACGCAUCGUCCAUAAUUCAUCCGAGGACGUUUAGUCUGUCCACUGUUGCUGCAGCUGUUCAAAAAAUGACAAGAGUCCGUGUAGUGGACAACAGCAGUCUUGGAAAUACCCCAUAUCACCGAUCGCCAAGAGUGAUCCAUGUCUACACCAAGAAUGGCGUAGGGAAAGUUGGUGACACAGUGUUGCUCGCCAUCAAAGGACAGAAGAAGAAAGCGCUAAUCGUUGGACAAAAAAUGCCUGGAGAACGCAUGAGUCCACGUUUUGAUUCGAACAAUGUUGUUCUGAUCGAGGAAAAUGGGAACCCUACAGGUACAAGGAUUAAGGUUCCUAUGCCCACACAUCUACGGAAACUGGAGGGAGACUACUCUAAAGUGUUAGCAAUUGCUAGUUCAUUUGUUUGAUAACUCCAUCAUUCAGCUGUGAUUUUUUUUGAAAUACACAUACUCUGUAUGUUUCACAUCUGCUGGGGUGUAUAUGAACAUUUUAUGCUUGUUUAUAUUUGCUUUUUUCUUCAGUAAACUUUAAAAGAAGCAUAUAUGUCCUUA